AUCUCAAUUUGAUUUCAACAAGAGGUUCAAAAUUUUUAUAAUCACUAAUAACUCAUAACUUUUCAAGUUCCAGGAAUAUGCGAACAUAAUGACCAAAGAGCAUUUCUCAAAAAUUGACUCAUGUGGCAAAAUUAUCAUCAUCAUUGUACAAAAAGGGAAGAACAAAAACAUUGCGUGCGUUGUUGCAUUACAGUCACAGCGCACUCUGCGUCGUUAUUUUUCAAUUGGUCGAGGAGGAAAACAUACAGUUCAUCAUGGAGUUCGUUGAAUCAGAGAAAAAGGAUACAAAUGAAAACCACUGUACGUCAUGUCCUGCGAUGACCCUCGACUCGAAGGAACCCGAAACAGCCCCGGAAAAAACGGAAAAUAGUGGAACAACGAUAGGGACAACUCCAACGGAUCCUGAGCCACAUAAAAUGACAGGAUCUCAAGAAAGGACAGCUGAAAAAAUAGACUUUAAAGUGAUUUUCAAUAAGAACAAAAUUGAUGUUAAUUUUCCACUAGAUGGAACGAUUGCAGAAUUGAAACAGUAUCUGCAAGAGGUUAUAUCGGUGCCAAAACACAUGCAGAAGGUCAUGAUUAAAGGUCUGGCUAAAGAUGAACAGACGUUGAGAGAUUUGGGAGUGACGAACGGAGCCAAAUUGAUGAUUGUUGGAUCCAAGCUUGACGAUGUGCUUCAGGUAGCUACUGUACCUUCAAAACAGGACAUCCAAGAGGAAGCAGCAGCUGCCAGUAGUAAAGAACUUCUAACGCAGCAGAAAAUACAUAAAAAAAUAUUGGACAAAGGGAUUCCCGAAGAUGCCAUGCCCGGUAUAUUGGAUGCCAAGGAUCCUCUGCCGGACUUUCCACUAGCUGGAAUGCUCAAUAAGAUGGGGGGAAAGGUUAGGUUGACGUUCAAACUGGAACAAGAUCAACUGUGGAUUGGGACAAAAGAAAGGACUGAUAAAAUUCCUAUGAAUUCGAUAAAGGCAAUCCACAGUGAACCUAUUCCCGAACAUCCUCAAUAUCACAUUAUGGCAAUACGAUUGGGUGCAACGGAGGCCUCAAGAUAUUGGAUCUAUUGGGUGCCAGCUCAGUACAUUGCUGCCAUCAAAGACGCGAUUCUCGGCAAAUGGUGCUACUUUUGAUCGAUUCCUCAAACAAAAAAAAAACAAAGUAUUUUCCAACCUAUUCAGACGGUUAAUGAAAAAGUGUGAUUAAGAUGUGAAUAUUUAUCACAAAAGGACUAUACUAGUCACGCCUUUUUUUAACAGUAAGUGGUCUAACUUAUUACGUUUAUUCUCCUGCUCGAUCAUCUUCACAUCUCGGCCAACGUCAUCUCCAUCUCAAUCAAACUGAAGAUCACAAUGAAAUACAAAGAAGGAAUUUGCAAGUAAAUUAGUGAUAUUGCUUACAAUUAACUCAGUGUUUGUUAUCCGGAGGAAAAGGAAAGAAAACAUAUAUCUUCAAUUUAUCAUUUAUUAAAGCGUUAAUUCGUGAUAAAAAAUUUCAAGUAAUUAAAUAAAAAGUAUAUAAAUAUAGACUAUAUUAAAUAAAAAAAAAACAGGAUCGAAUCGAUCUUUCAGUCAAUGCCUUGUGAUAAUGAAGAAGAACGUUUAAACUAAAGAAGAAGCACGAUAUUUAUCGUAUUCGAUUUUCAUAAAAGUAAAAUUCAACAACGAAGGUAUCACAAUGAAAAGUGAUGUAGUAGCAUUUGUCUAUUUUCGUGGUGGCCUAAGUAGUUCGGUGGAGAAGUGGUUAAAAUUAUUAGGUUUAUAUAAGUUUCUUUGUUGAAUUUCUAUUGAAAUAGGUGCCCAUCUAUUGGCCACUUUACGCCAUUGGCUUUAAAAAAUAUCUCUUAAUAUUGUUUGUUAAAACUGAUCAUGGCUGAAAUAUUAAUAUAAUUGUCGGUAAUUCGGGAUAGGGCUCAGAUUAUUGUGAAUAAUGUUGAUAUUGAAUAAUUUUAAACGAAUAGACUUUGAAAACUCACAUACCCUGUAUAGUAGAAUUAUUUGUUUUCAAAAUUACGAUCCGGCAAUCGCGAGUUUGGUUAUUUAACGGUGUUUUACCACUUCCCUACUGACUUCUAGUAAUCGGUGAAUCAUCACCAGUAAACUACGAUACAUAUGCCGACGAUACAUAAAAUUCUUAUGUGUAAAUCAGUAAAGCACAAUGUAACGAUUUUCUACUAAAUUGAUAUUUUAUACCAAUACCAUAACAUCUGUGUGACCAACUCAAUGUGACAAAUCAAAAUAAUAAUCCUCAGACAAACGAAAUAAAGAAAUUCCGAAACUAUGAA